AUGCAAAUCCCUAACACCACCAACACCAACACCCCCUCCAGCAUCACACCGCAACCCAGAAAUCUGCCUGCUUUGGCACUCACGCAACACGCACAGCUCAGGGCUGGAACCACGUCUAUGCAGGAUAUCCGGGGUUUGCAACAGUAG